AUGAUCGAGUUUCUAAAAAGUCACCCUAUUCACAAACCCUUGACUAAAUCAACUGAGUUUCCUUUAAGCAUCAUUCAUACAGCAUACUCCAGUGCCAUUUAUGACUCUGAUGAAGAGUACAUCGAGUUCGACAUCAAUAAAGAUAACACUAUCAAACUCUGGAAGGCUGAGUUCCUGGAGGCCAUUGGAUUUCCAGAGAGCAAGGAAAAAAAGACAUUCUAUGAACCCACAAAUGAAGAACUCUUUGACGUAUUGGAUCAAAUGGGGUAUUUACCUCCAAGGCUUGAAAUGACCCCAAACUUCAAGAAAGGUAAGCUUCCAGGCAUUUGGCAUUUUUUGGUGCACAUCAUUGUGCGGUGUCUCACAGGAAAGGUUGGAGGAACUAGCACACUAAAUAGGGCUUUUCUUGUACUUCUUUAUGGUAUUUACACUGGGAAGGAGGUGGACUUUGGAACCAUUAUCUGGAAGGAUUUUGCUGGUUGUGUGUUUCCAAGGAAGAAGGAAAUUCCUUGUGCAAGGUUUUGGGCACUUGCUCUCCAAAGGGUGUAUGCCAAACUGAAUGUCCCAUUACCUGAAGGAGAAGAGAUGUUCACUACUGGUACUGUAUCCCGGUAUGCUAUCCCAGAUCAAGCUGAAUUUGGGAAGGUUGCUCGUCUCCCUGAAGCAAUGCUUCAAUAUAUUGAAAAGAACUCUGAAGUUCUCAUUAGACAUAUAGAGGAAACAGAUCCUCCAGAAACUGGACACCCUAUCCAAUCCUCACAAUCAGUUAGGCCUACUGAGGGACAUACUUCAAGUCCUGCACGUAAAAAGCAAAUUGCCUUGAAUGUAAAGAAAACUACUGGUCUUGGAACCAAAAGAAAAUGUGAGACACUUCCUGCCCCUCAAGCCAAAAGACCUACUGUUGGGUCUCAGUCAUCUUCCUCUCACGUCUCUUUAUCCUCUGAAGAAGACGAUGUCUUACAAAAAAAUGGGGAUAUAGCAAAUACACCGCCCCCUUCCUCUCAAAAGCAGACCCCAGGGAUACACUCACAUAUCAAUCUUAAUGCUACAGAGCCAAGUUCUUCUUUCCACACUAUCAGACUUGAGAAGAACUUGAGGGGAUCUCCUGGAGAUAAUACCAAAGAUCAAGGACCCCAAGGAAGAGUUUUUGAGCCUAUGCUGAAAUCAAGCUCAAUCCCAUGCCCAGAGUCUAGUUCUAUGGCACACCGACCCUUGCAAACAGGGUUCUUUUGGAAUUUCCAUUGGUGA